GCAGCUGUUCUUUCGUUAUCCACACACAUAAAUACAGGAAAAAAAGAAGAGAAAAAAAAAGUACAAACAGACAAAGUAUAUAUGUGUAAAUACAGGAAAGAAUAUAUACACGCAACAAACUCCAACAAGGCGGCCAGGGAAUUUGGGUGCGGUGAGAGUGUCAUAGCGUUGUAGCGGAAGAACCCUAGCCCCUCUUUUUGGUGUUCGUAACUGACAAAGUCAUUCGCAUCGUCGUUCACCAAACUCGUACGGACAGUUUUUAGUGCUACCCAUUAACCUUUGCGCAAUGCAAGAACCAAGGAAGCUGCCACCUGAGGAGGCCUCAAAUCUUAAGCCACGUAAGAAGAAAACCUCAAUUCAGAAGGCUUCGAUGGCUAAAAUGCAGGUGGACAGUGUGAAAGGAGUACAAGAAUUAAUGCAGCCCCUGCCGACACAAAUAAGGCUGAAGUCCUCCAAGAGAGGCUUGAAGAAUGAAGUUUCUCCAUUGUUCCAACAACCAGAGAAAUCUACCUCAGAUUCGUUGCUCGACUCGUCAGCAUCUGGAAACGAUUAUCGAACAUUGAGAAGAAAGUAUUUACUGCUGGAGGAGGAAAGCUUUGGGUUAGGUAGGGAGUUGACAGAAGUUGAAGGAGAGGUGAAGAGCCUUGAAGAGGAGAAACUUGCACUUUUGGAUGAGCUUGUUGUUUUAGAAGGUUUGAUUGAUCCUUCAGAGUCUCAUACCCUGGGCUCUCGUUUACCAUAGCUGCAAUUGUUGAAUUCAGUAUGUGUUUAAUUGAUUGAAGUACUUCAUAUAUUGAUAUGAAUACAUGGGGAUUUUCUAUUCAUGUUUAAUAGCACUGUUGUGAGAAGUAAAUGCCUUAGUUUUGUAUUCUACAGUUGAACAAUUUAUAUCAGCAUCUUGUGCAUAAUCAAGAAGUAUUUAUGCAUUUUUGGUUCC